AUGCACAGUUUUCCCAUAGACCUCUUCGUGGACAUGUUAUCAUUCUAUACCAUCCACAUGUGCUAUCACAUUUGGCCUUUUUCAGUGGACUCCUAUCUUUCUGGCAUCUGCAAUCAACUUGAACCACUUUAUUCUGAUGUUUGCAUGCUCUGCCGGCAUCCUCUCAUAACUCGCACGCUUGCCAGGCGUAACCGCAUGAUGAACAUGCUGCCAAGUCGAAAAGCUGCACUUAAGCUGCACCAUUUGUUCACCCCGCUUCGCCAUUUCCCCCCACACUCUCAUGAUAAUCACCUUUUCUGUGCCUUGCUGCUCUCAGGCUUUUUCACACUUCAUCACCUUAGUGAGCUUGUGUGGCCUGAUGACACUGAUCUGCAAUCUUGGUGGAAGGUGAUCCCUCGUGCAUCUGUCACUGUCACUGCGUCCUCCUAUGGAUACAUGCUGCCAGAGCACAAGGCUGACCGGCUCUUUGCCGGCUCCAAUAUCCUCAUUUCCAACACUUUUGCACCAGCGGGCAUUGUGCCCUCUGCUAUCUUUAACAAGUACUUGUCUAGCCACAACAGUCUAUUUUCGAUGCAACCGAUGCUCUGGCUCACGGAGUGUGGCCAGGUGCCUACUUGCCGUUGGCUCCUGUCCUGUCUUCAUGAUGUGAUCCCGGACUCUGAUAUCAUGGGCCAUUCUUUAUGCGCUGGCGGGGUGACAUUUUUUGCCAGCAUUGGGUGGCCUGAUGACUGCAUCCAGGCUCUUGGCUGCUGGUCCUCACAGGCUUUCUGGAUCUAUAUUCCAACACAUCCCAUAGUCAUGCAGGCACUGCCACACUGCUGCAAUCCUGUGUAUGGCAUUUCUUCUCAUCACUAUCCCUCUUCAUCCUAA